AUGGUGCUGUCUCUAGAUAAAUGGUUUUGGUGGCACGAAUACUGGUUCCCACCAGGAUUCACCUGGGAGGACAUGAAGGAAUCUGAUAGUAUCUCAUACCCCAAACCUCGAGAUCUCCUGCACAUCGUUCCCUAUGCCCUGCUCUUAGUUGGUGUCCGAUACCUCUUUCAAAGAUUCAUAGCCCGGCCCCUGGGCAGAAAGCUGGGGGUGAGGGACAAGGUGAGAUUGAACGCUCCACCCAAUCCUGUGCUGGAAACCUUCUACGCUACUCAUAGCAAGAAGCCAAAGGAGGGGCAGCUGAUCAGUUUAUCCAAGCAGUGUGACUUGCCUACCAGAAAGGUGGAGAGGUGGUUCUGUUACCGGCGGAACCAGGACAAACCCAGCCUGACUACAAAAUUCUGUUCAGUGAGUUGGAGUUCUUUGUGUUACCUCAUUUCCUUCUGCACUGGACUUGUGGUCUUGUAUGAUAAGCCCUGGUUUUGGGACCCAAGAGAAUGCUGGGUGGGGUAUCCACAGCAGCCACUACAGCACUCUAUGUACUGGUACUACAUGAUGGAGCUCUCCUUUGCCUUGGCACUGACUUUCACCAUGGCCUUUGAUGUGAAAAGAAAGGACUUUAAGGAACAAAUGGUGCACCACGCAACUACCAUCAUCCUGAUCAGUUACUCGUACUGUGCCAAUUACCUCCGGAUUGGGUCUUUGGUGAUGUUGCUCCAUGUUUCUUCUACUGCUCUCCUAGAGCUAACCAAGUUGCUUCAUUACUUGAACUGGAGACGUGCAAGCCACCUUCUCUUCUUAACUUUCUCGUCCGUUUUCCUUGUUACUCGGCUCAUCGUUUUCCCAUGCAGGGUGCUGUAUACUUCAUUCUAUAGUUCCAUGGUGUCCUUCCAGCCCUUCUUCGGAUACUAUUUCAUGAAUGCUCUCCUGAUGGUUUUGCAGCUGCUGCACGUCUUCUGGGCCAGCCUAAUCAUUCACAUGCUCUACAAAUUCGUCAAUGGCACGAUAAAAAACGAUGCAAGAAGUGACACAGAAGAAAGUGAUGAGAGUGAAGAGGACUCUCAAGAACAGAACAAAAAAGAGAAAAAUGGGACCAUGCAUUUCAGCAACAUCACAAACAAUUGCAGCCAAAGUAACGGCUACCACUCUGAAACCAGCCAAAGUAACGUGGCCCAACAACUAACUAGCAGAGCCCAUCUCGCGAAUGGGUGUGCUAAUGCUCCAGAACUGCUGAAUGCCCCCGUCUAUAACAAAGCAGCCCAGUGUCCUUAG